CGGCAGGGUGUGCUUCCUGGUGCCACGUCAGGAGUGUCCGUCGCUUGUGUCCAUUGACUACAGUCAUGCUACAGUCUGUAGUUUGUUCCAUAGGCACACAAGACUGACAUGUAGCUCGACCAAUCAGAGGGCGCUAUGAAAGAGGGCGUUUGGUUCUGAUUCAGUGAAAUUUAAUGGGGGCGAAGCUUAUCUGUUAGGCGUUCCUAGUGUCUCGGGUAGUUGUAAUUGGCAGCCAAGCUGUAGAAAUGUGUGGAAUCUUUGCUUAUCUCAACUACCAUGUGCCGAGGACUCGCCGUGAGAUCCUUGAGAUCCUUCUCAAAGGUCUGCGGCGUCUGGAGUACAGAGGCUAUGACUCUGCAGGUGUGGGAAUUGAUGGGGGUAACGGCAAGGAGUGGAAGUCAAAUGCCAAGUCUAUCCAACUGAUCAAGCAACGCGGAAAAGUGAAGGCUCUUGAUGAGGAAAUCCACAAACAGCAGGAUAUUGACCUGGAUGUAGAGUUUGAUGUUCACCUUGGCAUUGCCCACACCCGCUGGGCCACCCAUGGCGCACCAAACCCAGUCAACAGCCAUCCACAAAGAUCUGACAAGACCAACGAGUUCAUUGUUAUUCACAAUGGAAUUAUUACUAACUACAAAGACCUGAGGAAAUUCCUGGAGAGUAAAGGUUACGAGUUUGAGUCAGAGACUGAUACAGAGACUAUAGCCAAACUGGUGAAGUACAUGUAUGACAACCGGGAAAGUGAUGACAUCAAUUUUGCCACACUGGUAGAACGGGUGACCCAGCAACUGGAAGGAGCAUUUGCCCUGGUCUUUAAGAGUGUCCACUACCCCGGAGAGGCAGUUGGCACAAGGAGGGGAAGUCCUCUACUGAUUGGAGUGCGUAGUGAUCACAAGCUGUCCACAGAUCAUAUUCCUGUGCUUUACCGCUGCUGUAAGUUUAAAUUUUUGUUUUUGCCUAAAUUGUUCACAUGUGAAUGGGCUUAUGUGACUGAGACCCAAUUUCAUCUUUUGUCAGCUGGUAAAGACAAGAAGAGCUGCAGUGCCCUACCCAGGACAGACCAGGACACCUGCCUGUUCCCUGUAGAUGAGAAAGCUGUGGAGUACUACUUUGCCUCUGAUGCAAGUGCAGUGAUCGAGCACACAAACCGAGUGAUAUUCCUGGAGGAUGACGAUGUGGCUGCUGUGAUGGAUGGCCGGCUGUCCAUCCAUAGGAUAAAACGCAGGGCUGGAGACUACCAAGGCCGUGCCAUCCAGACCCUCCAGAUGGAACUACAGCAGAUCAUGAAGGGCAACUACAGCGCCUUCAUGCAGAAGGAGAUCUUUGAGCAGCCAGAGUCUGUGGUCAACACCAUGAGAGGGAGAGUCAACUUUGACAACAACACAGUGAUACUGGGAGGACUGAAGGACCACAUCAAAGAGAUCCAGAGAUGCCGGCGACUUAUCCUUAUUGCCUGCGGCACCAGCUACCAUGCUGGAGUAGCAACCCGUCAGGUCCUGGAGGAGCUAACCGAGCUGCCUGUCAUGGUAGAGCUGGCCAGCGACUUCCUGGACAGGAAUACUCCUGUCUUUCGAGAUGACGUCUGCUUCUUUAUCAGUCAGUCAGGGGAGACUGCUGACAGCCUCAUGGCCCUGCGCUACUGUAAGGAGAGAGGUGCUCUGACUGUGGGCAUCACCAACACAGUGGGCAGCUCCAUCUCCAGGGAAACUGACUGCGGCGUUCACAUCAAUGCUGGCCCAGAGAUUGGAGUAGCCAGCACCAAGGCCUACACCAGCCAGUUUGUGGCCCUGAUCAUGUUUGCACUGUUGAUGUGUGACGAUAGGAUUUCCAUGCAGGCCAGACGCCGUGAGAUAAUCCAGGGCCUGAGAGUACUUCCAGAUUUGAUUAAAGAGGUCCUCAGUUUGGAUGAUGAGAUCCAGAAGUUGGCGACGGAGCUGUACCAGCAGAAAAGCGUACUGAUCAUGGGCAGAGGCUACCAUUAUGCUACUUGCCUGGAAGGAGCAUUGAAAAUCAAGGAGAUCACAUACAUGCAUUCAGAAGGCAUCCUGGCCGGAGAAUUGAAACAUGGUCCGCUGGCCCUGGUGGAUAAACUCAUGCCGGUCAUCAUGAUCAUCAUGAGAGACCACACUUACGUCAAAUGUCAGAAUGCCUUGCAGCAAGUUGUCGCCCGCCAGGGCCGUCCUAUUGUAAUUUGUGACAAAGAUGAUUACGAGACCAUCAAGAACUCCAGCCGUACGAUCAAAGUGCCACACUGUGUGGACUGUCUGCAGGGCAUCCUGAGCGUCAUCCCACUGCAGCUGCUGUCCUUCCACCUGGCUGUCCUCCGAGGUUACGAUGUGGACUGUCCAAGAAAUCUGGCCAAGUCUGUGACAGUAGAGUGAAUCAUAUCCUUCAUCGCUUAACAACAGAAGCCUGGCAGACACAUAUUCAAACAGACUACGAGGGAGCUGUAAACAAGAGCAAAGAAGACAGUGCCCUGUUUUUGUGUUACAGCUUUUUUUUUUUCUUUUCUUUUAAAUGUGAUCUUGUACUCAACAGUCAUGUAUCUCACUGUUGCAUAUUAUCUAUAUCUGUCUGUUCCAUCAGCAACCUUUGAUAUUAUUUUCAUAUUAGUGUUAGAAAAGUUGUCCAUGGUGCCAGGGUUUGGGUUGGCGCUGACACAUCGUUAUAACUCUUUGGGUUUUUGAACCUGUAGCAACUGAUAGUGACCAGGAUUUAUUUUUUUCAUGCUCAAAAACUGUUUAUUUGCGCUCAUUGGUCUCACUGGGAGCUGAUGUUAAAGCUGCUGACUGACAGUAGUUGGGGUUAAAAGACCUCACUGCCUCAUUUAGUUUGCUUUAGUGCAAUGAUUUGUAGUAUAGUUGGGAUAGAUUUUGGCAGCUAAUUGUUUCAAGUGUCUUUGCUCCACAGUUGUGGUAAAUGACAGUCUUAAAUCAUUCCAAACCACAGGUCGCUACUUCCUCAUGAUUACACCAGUUUGGCAGUUUUGACUCAGUUUUUCCUCUUGGAGUUUCUUCCGAGGAGAUGCAGCGUGGUAACCAUCGUGCACCAUCAUAAGUUGGAUCACAGAAAAGCUCUUGAAUAUACUGCUGUGUAAAAUCUUCUUGGGGAGAUGACCAAAGCUUGCUCUGGUGUAGACACCCAGUGUUUUUCAUUUAAAACUGCAGUCUUGUUACGUUAAUCCUUGUUUACUGACCCACCUACAUCCAAGAGCGAGGCUCUGUUCUGUGACCACACACAGUUUCUGCUUUUACUCUUCUCUGUAAAUUACACUCACUCACUGUAAGUGCUUUGUGCACAAAUUCAUUUUUGUGUUGACCUCUGCCUUCCUGCUCAAGGGACAUUGUCAGGCUUUUCUGGGCUCCAGUUUACAGUAGACCUGUAACUGAAA